GAAGGAUUAAGAGUACAAAUAGUAGCCUUAGGACAACAGUUGUACAAAACGUAAGCAGCUGUCUAUUAAGAUUAAAAGGGUUUAUCUAGCAAGAAAAUUUGAUUACAAGGAUAAUGACUACAAGCAUUACAUUCCCGCAUCUGAGCAGGAGUUACACCAAGAAAGGGAUCCGCCAAAAACUUGGGAGGGAGCUAAAAAAUGGCUCUCCAGCUUAAGAUCAGAAUCUAGGUGAUCCCUUUUUACUAAGAAUGUCUAAAUCAUUCAUCUUCUCAUGGAAAACUUGCAAGUAAUUUGAGCUCAAUAUCUUUUCCAGCAUUUGUAGCACAUCAUUCUAUUCAAUAUCAUCAAGCCAGUCACCAUAUAUCCUACUGAUUUUGUCUGGUCCCUUCCAUUUCUGAAGAGUUCUUUGCCCUGGCUUCUGGAUUACAAUAGAUGUCCUCUGUGAGGAUACCCCAAUAUGAUAGGUUUCAGUAUGUGAAACUGAAGGAACUGGCACAGUCACAGGAUCUGACUGGGGUUUUGAAGGCACUACCCCUUGCUUUGAAUCAGGAGUAGCAGCAGCAGCAGAAGAAGAAGAAUCUCUAGCUUCUCCCUCCACAAGGCCUCCACCAUACCGGUGUAAUUCUGGAUAUCAGAUAGGAAAGGGGAAAAAAACAUUACCAUGGUAAUAUAAUGUAAAUGGAAAAUGUAAAAGAACCCAAUGUGACAUUAAUUUCCAGCAAGUAUGACAACAUGCUACAACAGGGAAGCAGUUUGCAUGACCAGUUAGGGGACUAACUCUUUAUGGAGAAACCCUUUAAAGUUGGCAUAUGUUAAAUACAAUGGUUAUAUCAAUGUUGGUAUAAGUUGCAAUGUAAAAUAAUAUGGAUAAUAGGAUUAUUAACAUUACUUGACAAAUACAUGCUAGUACGGUGAGAGACUAUGAGCAUAAGUUCCUGGCCAAAAACAAUGGUAAUGACAUAGGUUAGCUUAAGAAGAAUCUGAUGUGAAAAAAGCAUUCCAACUAUAGAACAACUAAGACACCCAAUUAAAUAUUCCAACAUGAU